AAAACUGACGUCACCACUACAACGUGAAGAAAACACAUUUCGCGGAUUUUUCAACUUCGGAAGAGAAAUAAAGUUGCUAAUUUAUCUCUGAAGAUGGAGGAGGAGGAUGCACAAAAGCAGAGACUGAAAGCUGCAGUUCAUUACACUGUCGGCCGCCUCUGUCAACACAUCGCCACAGACUGUGAGAAACAAAUCACUAAACAGACAAUAGCUGCUAUAGCCGAGACUGCAUUCAGACAGUGCGAUAUAUUUGCCAAUGACCUAGAAGCUUUUGCCAGGCAUGCAAAACGAAACACUGUUACAGUGGAUGAUGUGAAGCUCACCGCUAGGAGAAGCACUGCAUUGUCAAACUACAUCCAGCAGAAAAGUGAAGAACUGGCUUUGAACAACCAAGAACUAAAGGAGAAGAGGAAGAAGAAUGCUGCAAAGAGGAAGAGUAAAGAGAUGGGAGCUGAGGACGACAAUGAGGUUGAGGAUUAAUG